CCAUUUUUAUUUCAGGAAGAAGUGCUUUCAACCGAGUCGAAAGGAGAAUGGCCCCACUAAGCCGGGAAUUGUCUGGGUUGAUUUUGCCGCACGACGUGUUUGGAAGCCAUUUGGAUAACCAAGGCAGAACCACAGACUUCGACUUGGAGAAAAAAAAUUUUGAAUUCGCCGGAAGGACAUUGGCCAAAGUUUGGGGCAACAUGGUUCUCGAUGACUUUACUGUGACUGCCAAAUAUUGUCUACCUAAAGAAGAAGAUGCAGAACUGGAUGACAUAGAUCAGUACUGGUAUCAAGAACAUGUUCGUGAGAGUCAAUACUUUCUGCAAAUUGUGAAAUGCCGUUCUGAAGAAUGUUGUGGAGAAUUUAGAAGUGGAUUACUUCAAAUUCUACCUGACAGAUUUUUCCCUCCUCCUAUAAGGGUUGUUCAGGGUGUCUCUGAAAUAAUGGUUUCCGAGAACAAUGAGAAGGGCAAUUUUCUGGACCUAAUGCAACGCAGAGCUCUCGUGGUAUCAAUAAAUAAACACAACAAAUAUUUGCAGAUUCCCUACGACUUGAAUUGCCCGUCGGUACAAAGCCAACUUCAAAAGCGCAUAUGCAAAACGUGUGGGUUGUAUUUUGCAUCACAAAAAUCAGCUACUCGGCAUGCAAUAAUCCAUAAAAAUGUAGCUGUAUGCUUUGAUUUGAAAUCAAAGAAGCCCCUUUACCGUGUGGCUGGACGGCGAAAGAGAGAAUGCCUAGUGAUUCAGACAUACGAAGGAUGUGAAGACCUCGAAUGGCUUGACGAGGACUGUGUAGACGACGAAGGUGAAGAAGAUACCUGCGGAAAUAAAGAGAUUUCGACAAGCCAGCUUCCAAUAGUAAAAAAAUAUUAAAGAGUGGUUGGAAUCUCCUUAUGAAA